UGUGCAUUAGCGUUAUAUUGCACAACAAGCAUGGCGGACCAUGUGUCCACAUCGAUUGGAGAACUUCUGAAGAGAUUUUCCAAGCUAGUCCUGUCAAGCAGCACAAAAGAGCGAACUGAAGUUGUAGAAAGUGUCGCAAAAUGUGUUACGGAAACAGAUUUACCAGAGCAGGCAUUAAAAGGAAUUUUCAAAUUUUUAUACCCAACAAUAUGUGUGUACCGGGAUCCACACUCCCUAAGAUCAGCACGGAAACUUAUAGAGGCAGCAAUACAGAAACAGCCGUCAGCUUCGCUGAAACUGUUAGCUUCUUGUCUCGGAAAUUUUGCUGAAUCGCAGAAAAAGAUUGUGAAUGCCAGUCGAACCUCAGCUGGAGAUGCCCUGGUUGCCCUGUCCUGGUCAUGUAUUGGUUUAAAAGCCGGGUUCCAGAAUACAGCUGUUGGAGAUGACCUACUGAAAAAACUGAUAGAAGCUCAGCUGGGUAUUGUGUAUGGAGUAAUGGCUGGACAGAAUUCCAAUAUAUCCACAGCAGCUUACAGAAAGCUGACUUCGGUCUGGAAACAGGGACCUGCAGUAGUGGAGAGGUACGGGAGAUUUCUGGAAAAUCAAGAACACACUACGUACAGUGUAUGCCUCAUCAGUAUAUACAUGAAAUAUCUCUUCUCUAACAAAAUGCAGGAGCCACUAAAUACUGUUAAGGCAGCAUUUAUUGACGUAUAUCUGAAGCAGGUGAUAGGAUGCCGCAGUAAACCACCACUUGCUGUUCUGCUGUCCGCACAGGAUAUACUUCGACACUGCUCACACGAAACAUUCAAGGACAAAGUGUGGCCGGCAACACAGAAAGCUUUGCUCCGCAAUCCAGAAAUUAUUCUUCAGGCAUUCGGUUACCUGUUGGCUGGUCUACAGCUAGAUCUUAGCCAGUAUGCCAUGGAGAUUGUCAAACCACUUGGAGUACAACUGACAUCCAAGGACAGUACAGUAAGAGAGGAAGCGUGUUGUGCCGUACUUAAUCUUGCUGCACAGUGCAGUGAUCACGAGAUCGUAGAAAAGGUCACAAAACAUCUGUUUGGCGUGCUCAAUGGGUCGGAGGGUAAACUGACUCUGACGGAACAGAAGAUAAGUGUUCUGCAGGCCGUGGGAAACAUGAGUAAAAACACUGUGAGUGGUGCGCCGACAUUACAGAACCUGAGUACAUCUGUCGUAGAGUUGUUCAUUCCAGUACUGUCCUCAGAAGUACAUGAAGGUACCUUGAUUCAUGCGCUGUCAAUGAUGUCACUGUGGUGUUCCAAGUUUUACACACAGGUUCCUGACAAACUUGUGCAAUGGUUCAAGAAAGGAAUUACCUUAAAAUCUUCCACAUCACCAGUGAGAAAUGCCUAUAUUCUUUGCAUGAAUGCAUCAUUUCAUGGUGAUACACUUCAACAAGGAGUCGACAUGAUACCAGUCUUGAUGCAGUCUGUAGAGAAAGCAGUGAGCCAGUCUACUCAGGUUGCCGUGGUAACAGAGGCUGUGUCUGCAGCAAAUAUCCUUGUAAAACUCUCACUGGUUGAUAUUAAUGCAGAAAGUAAACUUGGACCUCUGUGGAAUGUGAUCUUAGACUGUGAUAAACAGAUCCUAGUCAAUGAAAAAUAUCUCUCGUCUGUCACUGAUCCUGCUUUGGAGGGAGUUGUCAGUUUGUCAGAAAAGCUCAUUCUGGAGUUUCCAAGUAAAAUGACUGACAAAGUAUCUCGGCCAUAUUACAAAGCACUAGUGUACUGUUUGACACGGAAGUCUUACGGUAUAAGGAAAUACACAAUGCACAGUGUGAAGAGGAUCCUGUCAUUGCUGGGGGGUACAGCUAUAGCUCUAUCAUUGAUACAGGUGUUUGAUGAAUUCUUGCAAACACAAAAGGUGAUAGAUGUGGACAUGUUAAACUGUGAGGACUCUGAAAGAGACGCAGUGUUAGAGCAGAUGAAGUAUGUAUCACCACGUAUACUGUCUUCAGCUAUAUUUUCUCUCAGUUCUGUGCCGAAACCAGAAGUGAAGGAUGCGGUGUCCAUUGCCAAAGCUUUGCUUGUCACUGCACACAAUCCAUGUAUAGUGUCAUUCAGCCCUGACAGAUGGACAGACAUAUUGUUUGCCUUGAAUCUUGAUGCCAGGACAUUUGUGAGAAAUAAUUGUGACUUUUGUCUCAGCAUUGUAGAGACAGGAACAGAGUUGACAGAGAGCAUUUUGAAUGCUGUACAAACACUGGUUAGAAUUGCACCAGAUGUUGUGUUGCCAGGUUUUGUUACAAAGAUUACUUUGUUGCUUGGAAAUGAUGACCUGGUUACAGUAACCAAGGAUGAAUAUGGAGCUUACCUGUGUAAAGAAGGAGAGUUAUAUGAUAGACAACUGGCUGAAAGUUUGAAAAUGAACGUGGUACAGAAUCAGAAUAUCCGAAGGGAGAAUAAACUGUAUUCUUAUAAAGAACAGAUGGAGGAACUAGAGAUUAGAAAGGAAAUCGAGAAAAAGAAAGGUAAGACUGUGAAAGAGCAGCCAAAAUUAACAAAGAAACAGGAAGAGGUUCUUCAAGCACAGUUACAGAAAGAAUCAGAAAUAAGAGCAAGACUUACAGUGCUGGACAAAGAUCUGUGCAAGGGCUGUCAGCUUCUCAGUUCUUUGAUCAAAGGAAACAGUGAAUCUACUGGAUUGUUUAUGAAGGAAUUGUGCCGAUUGCUGGUACCUCUACUCAAGUCUCCACUUGCUGGACCACAGGCUAGUCAAGUGUUUAUUGAGCUGGGAACCACAGCUUUUGAAGAUGAACAAUUAGGUACAUUACUGAGCAACUCUACAGUACGUCUAUUGAACCCAGAAUGUGAGUGCAAUAAAGCCUGGUCACAAGAACCUCUUGCAAAACAAGCUACGCGAGUGAUAGAAAUUUUGUACUCUGAGUCGGUGUCGGUAGAAACGCCAAACAAUUUCGCUCAGUACGAUGACGACUCUCAGUGGACGCUCUAUCCGGCAACAAGUUUUGCAUUCAUGUAUUAUUUCCUUAGCUGCGUGUUAGCGAAUAAUGGAGAGGCUAUAGGAAAAGAUGAAGGGUUGAUGGGGAAGGUGUUAAAGCUGAUAGCUCAUCAUGCACAGCUGAGACAUAAUGAACAGAGACCGCAAUAUGGGCCAGGUUUAUUCCCAGUGAGAGAGUUAUUACAGUUAUUGAUCAGAGUGAUAGGUGUUUCUACAACAAAGAUACAGCAGCUAGCUGAUACAGCACUUGUUGAGGUGACCAAGUCUGUGAACGGAGAUCAGGGUUGUACUAAAAUAGGAAGCGAUGAGAUCAAAGUACUGUUAGAAUCCUUAAUGUCAACAUGUACAGCAUCUAGGGAGGCAGCUUUGCAGGGGUUACAUUGUCUGAGCAAAGUCUUACCAAACAUUGAUGAUAACUUUGAGCUUGGAUUACUGAUAGCACAGAGAGUAUGGGUGGCCAGCUUUGAUGUGGAGAAUGAUGUAAAAACCCUAGCGGAAAGUCUUCGUGAAGAACUCCACUUAGAUGAACCCUAUGAGGAUAUGUGUUCCCCACUGGUUGAUGAUGUAAUACACCCGGAGGAGAUUGUACGCAAAGCGGGGGCCGAAUGCCUCGCAAAAACACUUGAAUGUCACACAGACUUUAUUGAUGCUACCAUUGAUAUGUUGCUUCAGAAAUAUGAUAAGAAACUGGAGAUGCCGGCACCAGUACUUGAUGAAUUUGGUCGAGUGAUAUCAACACAACAGAUGGAUGAGUGGCCAGCUCGGACUGGGAUUGCCAUGGCACUGGGGCACAUUGCCCCAAUACUACCCCAGGACCAGUUACUUCCUCUGUUCAACUUCUACGUACCAAAGGGUCUAGGUGACAGAAGCCCGGAGGUCAGAUCUCAGAUGAGGUCGGCAGCACUAGCAACUAUCAAUGUACAUGGAAAGGACAAUGUUGCUGAGCUACUGCCAGUGUUUGAGGAGUUUCUGACGAGUGCCCCAGGUACCGCCAGUUACGACGCUGUCAGACAGAGCAUUGUCAUCCUCAUGGGCUCCCUGGCUAAACAUUUAGAUAAAGACAACCCAAAGGUGAAGCCCAUAGUGGGUCAGCUUAUAGCUGCUCUAUCAACACCAUCACAGGAGGUACAGGAAGCUGUUGCGAACUGUCUGCCUCCGUUAGUGCCGGCUGUCAAAUCAAACGCCCCAGAACUUGUUCAGAAACUGAUGGACCUUUUACUGGAAUCAGACAGUUACGGAGAGCGUAAGGGGGCAGCUUACGGUCUGGCGGGUCUUGUUAGAGGACUGGGAAUCACGGCACUGAAGCAACUGGAGAUCAUGACAACGUUAGAAGAUGCCGUGAAAGAUAAGAAAAACCCAAGAAGGAGAGAAGGAGCCUUGUUUGCCUAUGAGAUGAUGUGCACAAUGUUGGGUAAACUAUUUGAGCCAUAUGUUGUUCAUAUUCUGCCACACCUGUUGCUGUGUUUUGGGGAUGCCAGUCAGUAUGUCAGAGAGGCAGCAGAUGAAACAGCAAAGGCAGUUAUGGCAAUGUUAACAGCUCAUGGUGUCAAACUUGUCUUGCCGUCAUUAAUUAAAGGUCUGGAAGAAGACUCCUGGAGAACUAAGGCUGGUGCUGUUGAGUUACUGGGUUCUAUGGCGUACUGUGCCCCCAAACAGCUGUCAGCCUGCCUGCCGAGUAUUGUCCCUAAGAUCACGGAAGUUCUCACAGAUUCUCAUGCACGAGUACAGAAAGCUGGUUCCCAGGCUCUCAGACAGAUUGGCAAUGUUAUCAGGAACCCUGAAAUUCAAGCAAUUGUACCAGUGUUGCUGGAUGCAUUACAAGAUCCAGCCAGGAAGACUAGUAUGUGUCUACAGAACCUGCUGGAGACAAAAUUUGUCCACUUUAUAGACGCUCCGUCCCUGGCUCUCAUCAUGCCUGUAGUGGAACGUGCAUUCCAGGACAGGGCAACCGAAACGAGGAAGAUGGCUGCACAAAUUAUAGGCAAUAUGUACUCACUUACUGAUCAAAAGGAUCUUGACCCAUAUAUAGAGAAGGUUAUCCCAGGUCUGAAACAGUCUCUUCUUGACCCUGUACCAGAAGUGAGGGCGGUGUCGGCUCAUGCCCUUGGUGCUAUGGUGAAGGGUAUGGGAGGUCAGAAAUUCGAUGAAUUAAUGAACUGGUUAAUGGAGACACUGAAGUCAGAGGGAAGUUCAGUGGACAGAUCUGGGGCUGCUCAAGGUCUCAGUGAAGUGUUGGGUGGUAUGGGUCUUGCUGAUAUGCACAAGUUGAUGCCACAGGUCAUACAUACUGCAGAACGCACGGACAUACCGCCACACGUGCGUGAUGGUUAUAUCAUGAUGUACAUAUAUCUGCCAUCUGUGUUCAAGGAGGAAUUCAAACAAUAUGUGGGACCUAUCAUCCCAUCCAUUUUACAGGCACUGGCUGAUGAGUCUGAAUAUGUGCGAGAUACAGCCUUGCGUGCUGGUCAGAGAAUCAUCAACAUGUACGCUAAUACAGCUAUAGAGUUACUGUUACCCGAACUGGAGAAAGGAUUGUUUGACGAUAACUGGAGAAUCAGAUACAGCUCAGUACAGCUACUCGGAGAUUUGUUGUACAGUAUAUCUGGUGUGUCAGGUAAAAUGUCUACCGAGAGUGCAGGAGAAGAUGAUAAUUUUGGUACAGAAAGUUCACAGCAACUUAUCUACAAAAUUCUCGGGGCAGAAUGUCGCAAUCGUAUCCUCUCUGGGCUUUACAUGGGUCGCUCGGACUCUGCACUCCUUGUGCGGCAGGCAGCACUUCACGUAUGGAAGGUUAUUGUGCCAAAUACUCCAAGAACUUUGCGGGAGAUCCUGUCUACCUUGUUCUCAUUGUUGCUUGGAUGUUUGGCCAGCACUAGUCAUGAUAAAAGACAGGUUGCUGCUAGAACACUUGGUGACUUGGUAAGGAAACUUGGAGAACGUGUUUUACCAGAAAUUAUACCUAUCCUGGAACAUGGACUAGACUCGGAGCAGAGUGACCAGAGACAAGGAGUGUGUAUAGGAUUACGGGAAAUCAUGUCUUCUACACAGAGAGAUCAUGUGAUGUUCUAUGCAGACAGUCUGAUACCAACAGUGAAGCGUGCCCUGGUAGAUCCUCUACCAGAAGUACGUGAGGCAGCAGCCAGUACAUUUGAUGGUCUCCAUACCAACAUUGGCCAGAGAGCACUCGAUGAUAUCUUACCCGAUCUCCUAGAUAAACUGGGUGAUGACCCGGAGCUGUCAGAGAGAGCGUUGGAUGGUCUCACACAGGUUAUGAUAGUGAAGAGUAGAGUGGUGCUGCCUUAUCUUGUCCCCCAGUUAACAACUCCACCAGUGAACACUCGAGCCCUGUCUUAUCUUGCCUCAGUAUCUGGUGAGGCCCUUACAAGACAUCUUCCCAAAAUUCUCCCUGCUCUUAUGUCCUCACUCAGUGAAAAAGCUGGCACACCAGAAGAACCUCAGGAGUUGGAGUACUGUAGGAAUGUAGUUUUAUCUGUGGAGGAAGAGUUUGGUGUCCGUACCAUCAUGGAGGAAUUGCUCAGUGCCUCACAGUCCAAGGACCCAGACAGGUGUCGAGCCUCGCUCACCAUCCUCCACGCCUUCUGUGAGAAUACGAGGGUAGAUUACGAGGAGUUCCUGCCACAGCUGUUCCGUGGUCUGAUUGGUCAGUUUGUGAGAAGGGAGGAGCCAGUCUUGCUAGCAGCUUGGGAAUGUCUUAAUGCUAUUACCAAGAAACUGAACACUGCAGAUAUGUUAGAUCAUAUCCAGAAUGUGCGACAAGCUAUACGGUACGCUGCUGCAGAUUUGAAGGGGGAGGAAUUGCCAGGCUUCAGUAUUCCAAAAAAAGGUAUAACACCAGUGUUGCCUAUCUUCAGAGAAGGGAUAUUGAAUGGUUCACAGGAUAUGAAAGAACAGGCAGCCAUUGCUCUUGGUGAACUUAUUCAGAAAACAAGUGCCGAGGCCCUGAAACCAUCUGUAGUUAAUAUCACAGGGCCUCUAAUCAGAAUUCUGGGAGACAGAUUUGCCUGGGGUGUAAAAACUGCAGUUUUAGAGACACUGACACUUCUUCUGUCAAAGGUAGGAGUGAUGUUAAAGCCAUUUUUACCCCAACUGCAAACAACAUUUUUAAAAGCUUUGAAUGAUCCAAACAGAGCAGUGAGACUGAAGGCUGCAGCUGCCUUAGGAAAACUGAUAGUCAUACAUACUAGAGUAGAUCCGUUAUUUACUGAGUUACACACUGGUAUAAAAACAGCGGAGGAUAUAAGUGUCAGGGACACCAUGUUACAGGCAUUGAGGUUUUGUUUGGUUGGUGCUGGACAGAAAAUGUCGGUGGUCAAUCGUAAACAACUUACCCCAACACUUACCGAUAUGUUAGGAUGUACGGAUGAAUCUACUCGCAUGGUGGCGUCGGGUUGUGUAGGUGUACUGUGUCUGUCUCUGGAUGAGGAAGAACUCGCAGAUUUACUGAUUCAACAGUUGCUUGACACUAGUUCAUCAACAGACUGGAUGUUGAGGCAUGGUAGAGGAAUAGCCCUAGGUAUAGCAUUAAAAGAAGCCCCAGACAAACUGUGGUGUGACCAAUUCCGAAGUAGUGUGAGGAAAACUGUAAUUAGUCUAACUGAAGCUGAUAGGAUUCCUUUAUGUACUAGUGGAUACAGAUGCUUAGGUUAUUUAUUAAGUCAUCUUAUAAAAACAGAUACCUUAGAAACAGACCUUAUCACAACUCUAAUGAAGGGUUUUAAACAGGAAUCGAAUGAUAUAAAACAAAUGAUAGGACAGAUUGUAUCAUUUAUAAUGUCAGGACUAACACAAGGGUUAGAUCCUGCAGUGUGUAAACUGAUGGUUAUGCCACUUGUAAAUGGAACGAAGGAGAAGAACACUGUAGUACGGACUAAUUCAGAAUAUGCUUUAGUUUCUGUGUUACAACUUAGGAAAGGAGAUUCAUAUCUUAAGACUGUGAUUUCUAUGUUAGACUCUGGAAUGCAGGACCCAUUACAGGAGGUAGUGUCUAAAUCACUGAAAAAGAUUAUCAGUCAACCUGAACCCCCUGCAGAUCAAAUGGAUGAUACCAUUCUCAUUUAGCAGGAUGUUAAUAAUGACUUUAUAGGACUAAAACUAUUCUAUUAUUACACAAAGACACUUAAUAAAAUUGGUGAUAAAUUUACGGAUGCUUGGUGGUAGGAAAGUGACGGCAUUAACAUUUUUUAAGUCUUUCCAUAUUUUGACAGCCUGAAUAACAAAAAAUUUCUUGAAGCAAAAUUUCUUUGGAACAGUUUUACAAAAAAAGGUGUUUGUGCUGUAAAAGAUGGUAUAUGAAUGCAUGAAAUAUGAAUUAUGCAGCUUUCCCUUUUACUUAAUUGUUUUAUGACCCUGUAAAGGUUGGAAAGUCUUUGGUAAAUGAUAUUGUCAGCAGAUCAGAUAAUUAAUACCUGAUUCAGCCAGAUUAUACAUGUAUAGGAUGAAAUAAUAGUAUAAGAAAAAAAAAUCUUGUUUAAGCUCUGUUUUACAUUUAAGCUCUGUUUUGGGCUUAAACUAAAAAAGCUCUUUUUUAAUGUUAAGCUCUGUUAUCAGUUUAAACUCUAUUUUGAGUUUAAGCUCUGUUGUGAGUUAAAAUGAAACUUAUAAGUUAUAAAUGCUUUGUUACAUUGAUAUAAAACAUGAUCUUAGUGCUAUCUAUAUUUUGCCAUAUUGUUUAGUUUUGGGCGUGUUCUCUUGUUAACAUCAUGUAAAAUUAUAUUAUCUUAGUUUGUACUUGUUUUAACAUUUCCAAUUUCCUUUGACUUUCACCAAAUUUUUAAAUGCUGUACAUUACAGAAUGUGAAAUUGAAAACAUGUAUAUAUACUCUAUCAUUGGAAUUUCAUCAUGUUAAUAGUAAUGCU